AAUCUCACCUUAUCCACACUCCCACCACAACCUUAAUUACACAUUCCACAUUCAUCACCACCCCCAUCAACCAAAAUUUCCACUAUCAGAUUCUCCAUAAUACUCAGCCUCUGCUCCACCAGAUCACGGCAAAUAAACCACCGCAGAUGGCAGCCAUGAACUCUAGCGUGUUGGCUUGCAACUAUGUCAUGUCAGGCACUGAGCUUAGCUCAAAGGUUGUUUCAAUGCCUUCGGUUGCCACCCCGAUAGCACCUGUUCAGAAAUUGCCUGUAAUAAGGGCCCAACAGGUUAAAAUUUCUGACUCGAAUGAGUCGGGAAGAAGAGCAGCAGUUCUUUGCCUUGGCGCAGCCCUUUUGAGUGCUGCAGUUUCCACCUCCUCUGCCAGUGCCGGCAUCAUUGAGGAAUAUAUCGAAAAGAGCAAGACCAACAAGGAACUGAAUGACAAGAAGAGGCUGGCCACCAGUGGCGCCAACUUCGCUCGGGCAUUCACAGUUCAGUUUGGCACAUGCAAGUUCCCUGAAAAUUUUACUGGGUGCCAAGAUCUCGCCAAACAGAAGAAAGUGCCAUUUAUAUCUGAAGACUUGGAAUUGGAGUGCAAAGGGAAGGACAAAUACAAGUGCGGUUCGAAUGUGUUCUGGAAAUGGUGAAUACUGCAAAACCUUCAUAACUACCCUUCCCCAAUAUGUAUUUACAUUUUAAGUUGAGAAUUUCCGUUCUCUCUCUGUUUGAUUGAUCAAUCGUAUGUUUUAAGUGUCAUUUGAUUCUUCGAAUUUCA